AUGUCCGAGGAGAAGCCCAAGGAGGGCGUGAAGACUGAGAAUGACCACAUCAACCUGAAGGUGGCCGGGCAGGACGGCUCCGUGGUGCAGUUCAAGAUCAAGAGGCACACCCCGCUGAGCAAGCUGAUGAAGGCCUACUGGGAGCAGCAGGGCUUGUCAAUGAGGCAGAUUAGAUUCAGGUGCCAUGGGCAACCAAUUAAAGAAGCGCACACACCUGCGCAGCUGGAGAUGGACGACAAGGACACCAUCGACGUGUUCCAGCAGCAGACGGGGCCAGGCUGUGUAACCAGCCCCUUGCCAGGGCGUGGCCUGUUUUCCAUCCUUGCAUUUGCUGUUGAAUAG